GAUCGGAGAUCUUUUUGUUCAAAACUUUCACCAUGGUCAAGAAAAUCGCACCCAAGAGCGGAGGCAAUGCCUUUACAAACUUUAUCCGUCAAGAAAUCACUGCUCCCGAAAAGAGAGCUGGCAAUACCUCCAUUGCCAUCUCACUUACUGUCUUCGGUCUUGCUGUCACCUUCCUUCGUAGCCUCGGUGAUAUGCUAGGUGUUUAAGAUGGCCACCGAAGGAUACAUUCAAACUGUCGCCGUAUACCGCAAACCUGUCAUGAGAGAUUAGAGGAGGGUUCGAAGAGGCAAGAUGAAGGAGGCUAUAGGUCAGGUGUUGAUGAAUACAUUACGAUGGUGACUUGCAAGGACCAAGUGGUUGAUAACCUAGCUGACAUUGAAGCAGGUGGUUUUCUAGUCGUCUCAAAAAUCGACUAGAUGCCCAAAUAGUAAGGAAAGAGAUAUUCAAUAAACAUUAAUGGCUUGGUUCUCUGCAAUCUAUCGAUAAAA